AUGUUUCUUACAGGAGCUAAAACCGAGGAGGUGGCGCUGAUGAACGGCCUGACAGUUAAUUUACACCUUCUACUGCUUUCCUUCUACAAACCCACAGCAGCUCGGCACAAAAUCCUUCUGGAGGACAAGGCCUUUCCGUCAGACCAUUAUGCUGUAGAGUCUCAGAUCCGGCUGCGAGGAUUCGACCCUCAGAAGAGCAUGCUGAUGCUUCAACCCAGACUGGGAGAAGAGACUCUGAGAACGGAGGACAUCCUGGAGGUGAUCGAGAAGGAGGGCGACUCCAUUGCUGUGGUGAUGUUCAGCGGGGUUCAGUACUACACCGGCCAGCUCUUCAACAUGGCCGCCAUCACUGAGGCCGGCCAGAGGAAGGGCUGUUUUGUGGGUUUUGAUUGCGCCCACGCUGUCGGGAACGUCGAGCUGAAGCUGCACGACUGGGGAGUCGACUUCGCCUGCUGGUGCUCCUACAAGUAUGUAAACUCAGGUGCUGGAGGACUAGCCGGGGCGUUUAUCCACGAGAAACACAAAUACACCAUCAAACCUGCGUUGUUGGGAUGGUGGGGUCAUGACCUUAAAACUCGGUUCCAGAUGAAUAACGUGUUGGAGCUGCAGCCUGGAGUGAACGGCUUCAGACUGUCAAACCAGCCCAUCCUGCUGGUCUGCCCGCUGCAGGCCAGUCUGGAGGUGUUUAAGAUGACCAGCAUGCAGGCGUUGCGCAGGAAGUCCGUCCUGUUGACGGGCUACCUGGAGUAUCUGAUCCAGCAUUACUACGCCGAGGACCCAACUCAGCCUCACAAACCUCACGUCCACAUCAUCACGCCCUCGGACCCCCAGCAGAGAGGCUGUCAGCUCUCACUCCGCUUCUCCAUCCCCAUCAAAAAGAUCUUCCAGGAGCUGGAGAAGAGGGGCGUCGCUUGUGACAUGAGGGAGCCCAGUGUGCUGCGAGUCGCUCCGGUGCCGCUCUACAACUCCUUCAGCGACGUUCAUCGCUUCAUAGAAACCCUGGGAUCAGCUCUCACUGCCAACAGCCAGUGAGCGAGGAGAGGGUCGUUUACUCUGACUGACUGCUGCAAACUUUGCUUUAAUGAAAACUUGUGAAACCGUUAAAAUAGGGGGAUUUUUUACUUGAAAAACAAUCUGCUAUUCAACUGGAUUGAAUCAUGUUCGUUUUAUCCUUCUUUUAUAUGUCUUUGUCAACAUGCAUCUGAAGUUAAACCGUCCACCCCCACCAAUUACAAUAAAGUUUACACAAUCUUCAGAUUUGGUGAAGAA